AUGGAGCGUGUCCACCAAGUAAACCCUUUCGCCAAGCGCGACUCCCAUAGCAGCGGCUCAAUCAUUGCCUACAAGGUCUUUAGCAUCCUCACAUGGCUGCUGUCCCUCGUGGUCAGCUUCUACUACACCUUCAACACCCCACACGAUGGCGUCUAUGCCUGGCACACAAUCUGGGGCCAGAAUGACCUCUUCCCUACUGCCUUUCGACUCAACAGUGUCAUUGUCAGCAUCUACUGGAUUGUCCUAUUCAUCCUCCAGGCUGUCUACAUUAUUCAUCUCUGGUCUGGCAAUGCAGACACAUUGAAUGCCGCUGCCGCCGUUGGCAGCCACUUCAUUCUCAACAAUUUGUUCCACUUUGCCUUCGUCAUGUUGUUUGUGCGGAGCUACUUUGGCUGGGCUGAGCUUAUUCUGAUUCUCAACUUUGCCAAUUUGACAUCUCUGUACUUCCGCCACCCUGCCUAUGCCAGAGCCAUCCACGAAGCCGUUGUCUCCGGCCCUCUGGCAUGGACUUUUGUUGCCAUUUACUGGAACGGUGCUAUCAUGGUGCCACACCCCGAUUCGCUGGUUGCACGAAUCUUUGGCAAUAUCUUUAUCUGGUCCAUUCUCGUCUAUGGACUGUUCUACAUUGUGGCCUACAAGGACUACACGAUUGGUUUCAACCUCAGCGUGCUCUCUGCGGCCAUUGGCGUCAGCCAAUUCCUUCGACAGGUUAUUGCAUUUCAAUGGAUCUUUGCAUUCACCAUCAUGGCGGUUCUUUUCGUCGCCACCGUUGGUAUCGCGAUCCCUGCGGCAACCGGCAAGGACUUUGGCUGGCGAAGACAGGCACAGGCUGAUACCGAGCGUGCUCCUCUCCUCCACGGCGAGAGCAACUAG